CCGAACAGCUCUGUUUCCGCCACAUAUAAAGAGUCGAAAGUUUCAUUCAGUCAGUCACACAUGCAACCUUGGUAGUUAGUUUUCGGCGGCCCGUGGACAGUAUAUACAGUAUUACAAUGUCUGCGUGUGUUUUAAGAGCGUUUCUCCAGCGAGCGGCUGUUAUGCGUCAAGCUGCACAACAAACAAUCAGUCAAACCAGAGCGUUUCCUCAGAACUACACACACAUAAGAGGAAUAAACACAUACGCCAAUUCGCUAAGGGCUGAAGAGAAGGUGACAGUUCAUUUCCUAAAUCGUGAUGGAAAAAGGAUCACAGUGAAAGCUUCAACUGGAGAAUCGCUACUUGAUGUCGUUGUAGACCGGGAUUUAGAUAUUGAUGGAUUUGGUGCAUGCGAGGGAACUUUGGCCUGCUCUACGUGCCACCUUAUUUUCGAGGAGGACGUUUAUAAGAAGCUUGGACCCGUUUCUGAUGAGGAAAUGGACAUGCUGGACUUGGCUUAUGGGCUUACAGACACGUCUCGUCUGGGCUGUCAGGUGUGUUUGAGGAAGGAUCUGGACGGGAUGAUUCUGCGCGUGCCAGAUGUGAUCGCUGAUGCUCGAGCUGACAGUGAAAAAGAGUCCUCUACAGCCCCACCCAAAAUAUAAUCUAAAUAAAGCCCAGCUGUAUAUCAUAAACACUGCAAUAUGGAGAUAUCUUUAAUAGCAGGUAUUUUAAUAUGUACUAUUUUAAUAGAAACCACAAUUUAAAUGAUAACAUUUAUCGUUUAUGUUAUUUACAUACUGCCGUGAGUAGAUUUUAUAAUUUCAGUGAUUGUAACUUUUUUUUUUUUUUUUUUAAUUGUGCAGAUUCUGCAACACGCAUCUUGUUUUUAAUUGCAGAUAUGCCUGUAGCUGAUUUACUGCAAUAAAUACUAUGUUUAACUUUUUAA